GGAUUCGCUUCUCUUUUUGAUGCCCACAAAAUACAAUUACAGAUUACCAAAAAGAGGGAACAAAGUGUUGAGGGAAAGAGAGAAAAAGAAGUAAACAAAUAGUUUAUUUUUAUUUUUUAAAAUUAUUUUAGGCCAAAUAUAUUUUAACCUUUACUUAUUAUUAUUAUUUUUUAUAUUUUAAACUUAAUUUUCUGGGAAAAUAUUUUUCGACUCUCGUUCAAUCUGUCUUCAUCUUUCUCUCUCUCUAAAAAGAAACCCUAACUUUCCAAUUUUUCUUAUGCCUUUUUUUUUUCUUCCUUAAAUCUUUUUUUCUCUCCACAAUUCGUGGGUUUCUAGGGUGUCAAUGGUCUGAAUUUUGAGUUUGAGGUCUGAGAUUGAUAGGGAUCUGUAGUGGGAGAUACGAAACAGAGCAACAAUGGCGGCGUCGGAUAAAGAUCUUGAAGCACAGCUUCUUGAAUCUGGUAACAGGCUUGUGGAACUCCCGUCGUCCGUCGAUGAACUCCUUCCUCUUCUCGACAGAGUUGAGAGUUGUCUAUCAAAGGUUGAGCAGUCGCCUUCUGAAUCAAUGCAAAAUGCACUUUCUCCGUCAUUGAAAGCAUUGGUUGAUGAUACACUUUUAGGGCAUUCAGAUGUUGAUGUUAAAGUCGCAGUUGCAUCUUGCAUCAGUGAGAUAACAAGAAUUACUGCACCUGAUGCUCCUUAUGAUGAUGACCAGAUGAAGGAGGUCUUUCAGCUUAUUGUAUCAUCUUUUGAAAAUCUGUGUGACAAGUCAAGCCGAUCAUACACAAAAAGAACCUCAAUUCUUGAAACUGUUGCAAAGGUCAGAUCUUGUGUCGUGAUGCUGGAUCUUGAAUGCGAUGCAUUGAUCCUGGAAAUGUUCGAGCAUUUUCUUAAAGCAAUUAGGGAUUAUCAUCCAGAGAAUGUUUUUUCAUCCAUGGAGACGAUAAUGACCCUUGUUUUAGAAGAAAGUGAAGAUAUUCCAGUGGAGCUCCUCACCCCUAUACUAGACUGUGUGAAAAUUGACAACGAAGACGUUUUGCCCAUUGCUCGGAAAUUGGGAGAGAGAGUUCUUGAAAUUUGUGCUGCGAAGGUUAAACCUUACUUGGUACAGGCUGUAAAGGAUCUGGGUAUUUCAUUAGAUGACUACAGUAAAGUUUUAUCUACAAUAUGCCAAGAUGCUGAAGCUGCUGUUGAGCAAAAUGAAGUCCAAGCUUCUGAUGAGAAUAUGGCUGUUGAGAGCAGGUCAAUGAAGCCAUCCUUGGAUAAUGGAUCCCAGUUUCUAAUACAGGAGGAUAAAGCGGAAACCACAGAAGCAGGAUCACUUGAACAAGCUGUAAUUUCUAUGGAUAGAUCUCCACAGUCUGCAAUGAGUAAUGGUAUAACACAGGCUGUGGGAGAUGACUCUUUGGCUGAUUCUAGCUCCCUAAAGAAGCAAGAGGAUGAUCAGCGAAUUGAGAGUACCAAGGAUUUAGAUGCAUCAAGCAAUGCUGAUCCUGAUAGUUUGAACACUGAGAAUGCAGCAGAUACAGAAAAAAAGCUAGAGCAGAGCAAUAAGACAGUAGGAAGAAAAACUAGUUCGUCUGCAAAAUCUACUACUUCAGAAAAUCCUCAUGUUGAUAAUGAGAAGGAAAGUGCUGAUAAUGAGAAGAAUAUUGCAGAUAAUGAGAAGAAAAGUGCAGAAAAUGAAAAGGAAAGUGCAGAAAAUGAGAAGGAAAGUGCAGAAAAUGAGAAGGAAAGUGCAGACAAUGAGAAGGAAAGUGCAGACAAUGAGAAGGAAACAGAGAAAUUUCCAGACCAGGAAGAACAAGGUGAGGAUCUUCCUGGUUCACCACAUCAGGGUACAUCUGCUGAGGCAGCAGUACCUUCAGAAAAUGAUAAGGAGUCUGAUGUUAAGCUUUCAUCACCCAAGGCAUUGGACAGUGAAUCUGCUACUGUUGCUUCUACGUCUCCAAGUUUGAAACUUACUGAUGAAAGUCGUUCCAAAAAGUCUGGACGACAGAAGAAGAAGGAUAAUUCAGAUAAGGAAGCUGCUCCAUCUUCAGAUGAUGCCUCCAAAAAGGUAGCUGAUGGGAUAAGUGAUUCAGAGGUGAAGACAAACAGGCGUUCUGGGAAAAAGGUGCCAGUUUCUAUUUCUAAUGAGAAUAAAGUUUUAGCAGAGGUUAAGGUAUCCAAGAAGGAAAGUGGAACUACAAGUGAUUCAGAGGCAAAACCUUUGAGGCAGUUAGCUAAGAAAGUCGAUGGAGGCAGUAAAAAUGAAGAAGGAUCGUCAGCAAAGCAUGUGGAGGAUAAGAAGAGGGCUAGGGGAAAAACUCUUUCUGAGAAGGAUAGAAAAAAAACUUCUAUUAAGGAUGAUAGCAAAGAUACUAUUGCUUCACCAAAGUCAUUGGGGAAAUCAACCAAAGAUGAACAAAAGAAUGAGGAGACCCCGAAGACAAAUUCUAAGAGAAAACGUACUCCUGGCAAAGUAAAGGAGUCUGGUGAUAAAGGUUAUGAUGAGGAUUUGAUUGGUAUGAAGGUUAGAGUUUGGUGGCCAAAGGAUCAAUCGUACUAUAAUGGUUUUAUUGAAUCUUUUGAUCCAGUCAAAAAGAAGCAUAAGGUUUUGUAUAAUGAUGGUGAUGAAGAAGUAUUAAAUCUUAAAAGAGAAAAGUGGGAGUUCAUUGAAGGUGAUUCUGUGUCCGAUGAGGAAGGUAAAGCUGAUCUAUUAAGUCCUGAUGCUUCCACUGAAAUCAGUCCCUUAAAGAAAAAAGUGAAGAUAAAAUCGGAUGACCCCUCUAAACAAAAAAAGAUUGAGGCUUCACCCAAAAAGGGUGCUUCAUCCAGCAAAUCGAAGAGCAUUCCAAAAUCUGGACUGGGAAAUAAAGCUGAGGGCAAAUCCAAAGAUGAUUCCAAAUCUGUUGGCAAGUCGGAGGAGGUGAGUGGUGGCAAAUCCAAGGAUCAUACACCAAAAAGUGCUAGUAGCAAAUCAGCCAAUGUUGCGUCAAAAUCAUCAAGCAAGUCUAGGAAUAAUGAUUCUCAGACACCAAAGACUACCAAAUCCAAGGACGAAAGCAGCACACCGUCCACCAAGUCCAAGCAAGAAAUCCAGAAAUCUGGGAAGUUAAAGUUGGGCACGCCAAAAACAGCUACUGUUUUCAAGGAUAAAACCCAUCAAAGUGGUGGAAAGUCCAGUGCCAAUGGUACUGGUAAAGUGAAGUCCGGUUCAUCGAAGAUAAAAGAGGUUGAAGAUGCCAAGGAAAGCUCCUCUGAUUCAGGUAAACCAGUGGAGAGUACUAAAGGCAAGUCCUUGAAUCCCUCCAAGGCUCAGGAAAGUGAGGUUAAGGAAAGUGAGGUUAAGACAGGUAAGAAGCGACGAAGAAGCACAAAAGGCUGAUCCUUUUCUUCUGUUCAUUUCCUCGGGAAAAAAAGUUGUGUAGCUCUGCAAAUUGAUAGUAGACACGCAUUGGUUACUUGCCAUCAUCAUCUUUACAUGGUGGCAAGCUACGGAUGUUAAUUAACAGUUAGUUGGUAGUCUAUAUAGUUGUAGGAUUAAGGUGGCGUUUUUUGCAUUCAUGCUUUUUUUUUUUUUUACAUUAGAUGGGAUUAAUGUUAUUUGGGAGGAAGGCAGCAGAAUCUCUUUGGGCUGGUUUGGUUCUUGUUAAAACAGAUGUGUUUCAUAGAUAAUGUCGUAGAUCUGCAAACUUAGUGUCAGAAUCAGAGUGAUCUUCAGAUGACUGCCAAGAUUCACUAACCUUAUUGAUGAGUUACCAUUAAUGUCCACAUAUUUUAGUGAUUUAUGUUUAUUAUUUAGUAGUAGAUCAUGAAGCCAUGGAAGAUGAAGUGAAAGUGUUCAUUCGGCUUUCAGCUUAUUUCUAGUCGUGUAAAGGGGUUCAGAAUUACUUGGUUCUAUGAUUGAUUAAUUUUUGUGAGUUGUGUA